UGUGGGCGCGUAGCGCAAGAAUUUGCUCCACUGAUUGGUUCGGAUUGCAUACAUCACCACCGCUUCCCCUCCUUCUUUCUCUUCGGCCUCCGCCAUUGUGGUGUAAGGACUGUGAACGAAAUGUCGUCCCACAAGACUUUCAGGAUCAAACGCUUUCUCGCCAAGAAGCAGAAACAGAACAGGCCCAUCCCACAGUGGAUCAGAAUGAAGACAGGCAACAAGAUCAGGUACAAUUCCAAGAGGAGACACUGGAGGAGGACAAAGCUGGGCUUGUAAAUGCACAGGUCUUCAGAUCUCCAGCGUCCACAGCAUCUUCCACCUGCCAAGAGCACCACCUGCUCGGUCCUGAUCUGGAGAGGAAGCCAUACUAUCUGGAACAGCAGUCUUUUUGUACAGAUGCUCGUGUUUGACAAUAAAAGAUUUGUGAUAAAUGAG